AUAGUCAAAGCCAACAACUGGGACCUCACCUACAUCCUACUGGUCUCCCUCUUGCUUUCCUUCUUGACUUCCCUGCUGUUCAUCGGUCGCCCCAAGAAAGUGACCUGCCUCCUCCGGCAAGUUGUAUUCAGUGUUGUUUUCUCAGUUGCCGUAUCCUGCUUGCUGGCCAAGACCGUCAUGGUAGUGGUGGCGUUUCUGGCCACAAAGCCAGGCAGCAUUAUGAGGAAAUGGCUGGGGAAGAGUCUGGCCAACUCUAUUGUCUUGUCCUGCUCUGGGGUUCAGGUGGGAAUCUGCAUCAUAUGGCUGGGAAUCUCUCCCCCAUUUCCAGAUGCCAACCUACAUUCCCACCCAGGACAGAUCCUGCUGCAAUGCAAUGAAGGUUCGGUCACUAUGUUCUACACUGCCCUUGGCUAUAUGGGCUUUCUGGCUGCCAUCUGCUUCUCGGUGGCUUUCUUGGCCCGCAAGCUGCCAGGGACCUUCAAUGAAGCCAAGUUGAUCACCUUCAGUAUGUUGGAGAUGGUGCAUUCUGGGUCUGUUGGAGAGAAAGAGAAAGGCCAAUGCUGCAGCAAAAGUUGCCGAUGUCGGCUGAGCAAAGCCAGAGAUGCCCAGGACAAAGCUGGCUGGGGACUCACUGCCAAAGCAGUGAGCAGUGGGCAGCUGAAGGUGGAGGAAAAGCCAGAGUUCCUUCAGAAGUGCAGCCAGCUGAGUGGCUGGUUGCUGAGGCUACCGACUGAGCGGAAUGUGGCUACCGACUGA